ACCUGAUGCACCAGAGGUCACUCCGCUCAAGUCUCCCAGAGGUGCUCCGCUUCUCCGGCUCUUCUUCCCGAGACAUCCCAAAAGACAGCAGCCCUUCCACGAGCUCUCCACGCCGCAUCCAGUCAUGUCUUUUCUCCUCAUCACAGUGUUGUCCUCACUCAUAGUGCGAGAUGCUGAGGCGUGGGGCGCCAAUGUCAAGUACGCGGUGAACUGCCCCGACAGAUGCAACGCGGAGCGGUGCGGCGGGACGCAGCGGUGCACACGGACCGUCCUGGAUGACUGCGGCUGUUGCCAGGUCUGUGCAGCCGGCAGAGGGGAGCACUGUUACCGCACGGUGUCGGGGAUGCACGGGGUGAAGUGCGGACCGGGAUUAUUCUGCGAGUUCUACAAGGAUGAGGACGAUUAUGGAGACGAGUAUGGGAUUUGCAAAGACUGCUUGUAUGGAACCUACGGGGUUGAGUGCCGCAAGACAUGCAACUGCAAAGGUGGCAUAUGUGACAGGGAGACAGGAGCUUGCCUCACCCUCAGAUUCUUUGCCAAAAUUGCCAGCAAGCUCAAGACUGAGACUCAAGAAGGGGGAGAGGUGGGCUCAGGAGAGGUCAGCACUGCCCAGAACUCAGUUCAACACACGGACAGAUCCACUGCUCCAAAGCGACUCAACCCUCGCUGACAAGUGCUGACAAGACUGAAUCUAUUCAGUGUAAAUGUAGCAUUAACUUAUAAAUGAACUGAAAGAUAUAUUUUAUUAUGUUAAAUGAUGAAAAAAACUUUUUUACAGCAUUUGGAAGUUUCGUUUGGUUUGUUCGGUCCUUACUUGGCAUAGGCAUCAUUUUCUAAUGAAAUAUGCAGAUGAUAUUAUUCUCUUCAAAUUCUCCAUUUUUCUGUUUUGUUCUUCAUCUGUUUCUCACGAUUAUCCUGUAGGAGCUUCAGUGUAGACCUGAUUGUCUCAUUUAGUGUGCCUUCAUACAUUACUGUUGAGAAAAUGAGAGUUAAUGUCACAAAAGGACCUUGCAUUUAUUUCCAAACUGGACACAGCAAUAUUUUUUCAUCCAUUCAUCAUUGUAGUCCGCUAAAUAUUUUGAAGUUUUCCAUGCUGAUAUUUUAUUUGUAUUGUAUAUAUGAAAAGAUGACAUGGAAAAUAUCAUGUGUAUGACACCAGCCAGUGUAAAGAAUGCUCUUACAAUUAAACCAAAGUUAUCACUG